AUGGAGUACUUUUCUGACUGCCGAUAUGGUCACAAACAACUUGGCCUUCACACAAGGAGGAGGGCAACUGGGGUGACCAUCAACGAACCAACUGGCGCCCCACAACCUACUGCAACACCAGCCCCUCCAGGGAAGGGAAAGAAGAAGGCCAUAGAGCCUAUUCUCGAGUCGUCGGACGAGAACGACAUGCAUGCCGAACGCACCUUUGAUUUGUACACCAAAUCAGCUAACAAGAAAAAGUCCCAUAGGCGCCAGUCUGAGGAGGGCUACAGCAAUCUCCCCACAAAGAAAUCUCGAACAGACGACCCUCCUGCGCCUACUCCAAUGAAGGAGACAACUCCUCAACCAGCUCCUACCAGGGAGGCAACUCCUCCAACUCCAACAAACCCAGAUCCUCCAUCUCCGGUCGGACAGACUCCUCCUCCAGCUCCAGUCGACCCUACACCUCCAGCAUCCACCGUCCAGCAUUCGCUGAAGACGGUCUCGGAGAAGCAUUUUGAUGCCCUUAAGGAGGCCGAGGUGAAGCAUACUGAGGCCCUCAAGGAGGCUGAGGCAAAACUCCUCGAGGUGUUGCAGCUGACUGAGGCCAAAAUCGCUUCUCUCGAAGAAGAGGUGAAGAGGAAGGAUGCGAGUAUUGCCAAUAUCACUGCAUCCAAGGAGCAGUAUAAGGAGGUCUCACUCAAUAAAUACCAGGAAGCCCACAAGCUUCAAGAUGAGCUGGAGAUUAGCCGCAAGGAAGUUGCUGCACUAGAGGAACAGAACGCCCGUAAUCUUGAAGACUAUGAAGGGGCGUUGUUCGAGUGUUUCUACUUGUUCUGGAAAAACAACCCCAAUGCUAACUUUUCUUAUCUUCCAGACCAUAUUAGGGAGGUGGAGCUGGCUAGGUGUGUUGCUCGCCUAGAGGAAGAAACAAUUCCAAGGUCUCCAGAAAUUUCUCUAGCGACCGGUAUCGAAGGUGCCCGAAAAGAGGCUGGGGAUGCAGUCGACCAGCAGCAGCAGAAAUCUCCACAAGACCCCCCGGCAACCUCAUGA